AAACAACCAAAGUCAUGAGUUGUGUAAACUUUUACCUUUGAGACAACUACAGAAAAAAAGAAAAAAAAAAAAAAAGGCUCAUUAGCUGUUCAAUUGUUGAUCAAUGUAAGCCUCUACAAGAAAAAGAAAAUUAAAAAGAAAAACACAUGUUUACAAGCAACCCUUGAGAUCAAGGCAAAUGUGUCAUCAACCCUUUUGAAUUUCCAGAUUCCCUUUUUUGAAUUCUUCGAACUGAACCAUUAUUCUUUGAAUUUGGAUUCCAGUCAUGGAGGGCGAUCUUGAAAAGGGUAGUCCCGUCAGCACCAAGGACGAGCCAACUACUACUAAUUCUGGUGGUGGAGACCUUUUCUUGGCAAAGAAAUACCAAACUUCACUUCCUCACAAAAAGGAAUACACGACGGUGCAAACGUUGUUGUUGGCAUUUCAAUCACUGGGAAUCGUAUAUGGAGACAUUGGGACGUCCCCUCUUUAUGUGCUGUCCUCAGUUGGGCUCAAGGAUCCGACCGAGGAUGACUUGCUCGGAAUCCUGAGCCUGAUUUUUUGGACAUUGACUAUAAUCCCUUUGAUCAAAUACGUGUUCAUUGUCCUAAGGGCAGAUGAUCAUGGGGAAGGUGGAACUUUUGCCUUGUAUUCUUACUUAUGCAGGCAUAUCAACUUCAAGAGCGAACUCACUAUCCAGAGUGCCACCAGGUUGGAAUCCGAUGCCAACAUGAGUUUCUAUACUCAAGGCGAAGGAAGUGCUAUCAAAUCCAAGACCAAAACCUUCAUUGAAAACAGCAAGUUCGCUCAGAACUUUUUGACCUUUGUCGUGCUUUUGGGCACUUCAAUGGUUAUUGGUGAUGGUGCUUUAACACCAGCUACCAGUGUUCUAUCAGCUCUUGCCGGGAUUCAGUCACUUUCCUCCAAGAUAACAACAGGCCAUGUUGUUGUCCUGGCGGUUGUGAUUCUUCUGGCUCUGUUCCUUUUCCAGAGGUUUGGAACGAGCAAAGUUGGAUUUUCCUUCUCGCCAAUCAUGUUUUUGUGGUUUGCUGCGCUUGUUGUCAUCGGGAUUUACAACAUUGCUGCCUACAAUCCGGCUGUUCUUAAAGGUCUAUCGCCUCACUACAUAAUCAAGUUCUUCAAAAAUCGUGGCAAAGGCGGCUGGGAAGUCCUGGGCGCAGUGUUUCUAUGCACUACCGGAGCUGAAGCCAUGUUUGCUGAUUUGGGCCAUUUUAACAAGAGAUCGAUCCAGAUGGCAUUCUCCUUUUUUGUGUAUCCAUCACUUGUGGUCUGUUAUGCUGGUGAGGUAGCUUUCAUAACCAAGAAUCCCGGCACGCUCUCUACGGCUUUCUAUAGCUCAAUCCCAAAGCCUGUUUACUGGCCUAUGUUUGUCUUAGCAACUUUGGCUGCUACCAUAGCUAGUCAGUCAAUGAUAUCAGCAACAUUUUCCAUUGUGAAGCAAUCUCUGGCUCUUGGUUGCUUCCCCAGGGUCAACAUCAAACAGACAUCCGCCGAACAUGAAGGACAGGUUUACUCUCCGGAAAUCAAUUACAUCCUCAUGAUCAUCUGUAUUGCUCUGGUAUUAACAUUCAGACAAGGUGUCGAAAUUGGCAAUGCAUACGGAGUGGCUGUCAUAUGGGUGAUGAUCAUCACAACAUGUUUGGUAACAUUGGUUAUGUUGAUAAUCUGGGAUACCAAAUUCCCUCUAAUCCUUGCAUUCUUUGUCCCAUUCAUAUUCAUUGAGGGCACAUUCAUGACUUCCCUGCUCAACAAAAUCCCACAAGGUGGAUGGGUGCCGUUUGCAAUUGCAGCAUUCUUCUUGAUAAUCAUGAUGUCCUGGACUAGUGGAAGGAGCAAAAAAACUGCAUUUGAUGCCGAAAGGAAAAUGAGCAUGGCUGAAUUCUCCAAGCUGCUAUCUGCAACACACGGAGAACUUUAUCGCCCGCCUGGAAUUUGCUUCUUUUGCACCGACCUAGUCAACGGGAUCCCACCAAUUGUCAGGCAUUACAUUCAAAGCACGAAUUCUCUGCGUGAAAUUACCGUCAUCGUGACUAUCAGGACACUGCCUAUCAAGACGGUACUUCCAGAGGAACGUCUUGAUGUGGGAAGAUUGGCAAUUGAUGGGGUGUACAGGUGUUUGAUUCAGUUUGGUUAUAAGGAUGCACAGAGCUUUCAAGAAGAUGAUAUUGUUGCUUCCAUAAUCGCAAGCCUCAAGGAGAUUGCGGAAACUGAAGAAGAAAAGGAAAAGCUUCAGAGAUCAUUCGAAAAGGGAGUGGUUUUCGUGGCUGGCCGGACAAUCUUGAAAUCAAAGGAGAGUAAUGGGUGGCUUUCUCGAUUGGUUAUCGAUUACUUCUAUAGAUUCUUGCAGAAAAACUGCAGGUCCGCACUCACAGCGCUUAGGAUUCCGCCUGGAAAGUUCUUACAAGUUGGGAUGCAUUACGAAAUUUAAACUCCUUCCUGGAUUAUCAAGUUACAUAUAUGAUGAGCCUGGCUGGAGAAGUAAACACACCUGAUAAGGUGAAACGAAAUCCAGAUUCAAUUGUCAACUUGCCCUGUUUCUUUCAGUUAAAAUUUGACCAUUGUAUAGUUUCUGCUUUCAUGGAUUCAGUUCAUUUUGUGUUUCCCCGAGACAUAUAAUCGAGAUCAAAGUCUAUAAGAUCAUCUAUCAAGAUGACUCCCUUAGAUUAGUGAUUCCAUAUGUUGCACUUCCCUUUCCCGGGGGGUGAAAUUUGCUGCAGCUGAUUUUAGAUUUGAAGAACAUGUAUUUCGAUCAGGAAACAAAAAGAUCAUGUUACAUGCAUCAAUUAGAAUUAGAUUGCUGAGCAUUAUAAACCCUUGUUCUUACAGCUGGAGGAGUUUUGAUCUUCUUGUUUUACUCUUCAUUUGAUCCUUUUUCUUUUUCCUGAUUGGAGUCGGGCAAGGAAAGUUAGGUAGCCGCAUUUUCCUAGUUAUGUUAAAUCCAACCUCC